UCUCCCUCACUGCACCCCUUCUCACUGCACCACUCCUCCCUCUUCUAGCAGAGGCGUUCCUUAAACUCACCUGCUAAUCCAGUCCUGCCUGGCUGCCUGUAGAUAUUCUGCGUGUGAAUAACACCUGCGAUUAUUUUCCUUGUGCAUUUGCUGACGGCUCUACGAAGACCAGACUCCCCCCAUAAAGACAUCUUUUAAAAGAGACCAGUUCAUCUGAUCUCUUACCAAGGAGCUGUGCUGUGCUGUGUUGUGCUGUGCUGUGCUGUGCUGCUGUAUUUUUUAUUUGAAGGACAAUAACCCCCCAACGGGUUUCUGGUGGUGUUCUUAAUUUUAUUGAAUUUUUUUGGGAGAUAUGGAGCCUGUUAGAGUGGUUCUUCUCCUCCUGUUCCUCACCCUCUCGUUACUCUGGGAGAAUUCCCAAGCCCUGGAUUCCUCUUCGGACUUCUCCUACCUGGGAUCAUCCUUCAGUGUGGAGCCGUCCGGCGGAGAGAACAGCACAGAGGUGCUUCUGCGCUACAGAGUCCUGUCCUCCUCUCCUUGUCCUGCUGCUUCAAACGGGCUAUGUGGGGUGCUGAACUGCACCUCCCCCUCCCAGCAGGGGGCGCAAGGGAGCAGCCCUUCCCCAGGCUGGUGCCAGGCUCAGGGGGAGGUCGUCACCCGCGUUGACCGCUCCUCCACGCUGCAGCUCAGCUCCUCUGGGUGUUGCUGGUCCCAGUCCGUGGCUCCUCGUCUCCAGUUUGUCCUGCUGAUGAGGGUGGAGCUGGGGCUUCGAUCUGACACCGGCUCUCCUAACAGCCCCCCUCAGGCUGCCCUCCUCCCACCUGUCAGGUUACCCCAAAACUGCGCGACGUCCUUCAACCUGAGUGUGUCGGACCGCGAGGGAGACGUGGUGAGGUGUCGCUACGGUCAGCGAGCGCGGGCGGAGUGCACACUCUGCUCCCAGCAGCCAUUCCUGCAGCUGGACGAGAAGCUGUGCGUGCUGUGGUACACAGGCGGGGCAGCUCAGGGCUCCUACGCUGUGGAGCUCAUUGUGGAGGACUAUCCCAGAGCAGCAGUGACUCUGACACACACCCAGGGGACCCGCACCAUUCCUCCGUACUCCUCUACCGGAGCACCCCUGAGCUCCACGCCACUGCACUUCACUGUCACAGUGGAGGGAGAAUCCUUGGAAUGCCAGCCCGGAUUGGCCCGUCCCGGAUUCACAGAGCCCACUCCAGCCAAUGGGGAGACAGUAUCCGUGCUGCCCUACGAUGAAGUGACGUUCACCAUCAGCACCGUCAGCUCCGAUAUGGUGUCCGAUAUCACAGUUCUGGGCCCCCCUGGGCUGGUGCGGUCCAAACUGUGGGAGGGACAGAGAGCCGGGGUCCGCGUGCUGUCGGCCAACGUGAGCUGGACCGGAACCAGUAGGAAGGACCCCAGAAGCAGACCCGUCUGUUUCAGCGCCAGCACUGAGAGGUUUCAGUCUGAGCCCAGAUGCAUUUGGAUUGCACAGCAGCUGACCAUAGCUCCUCCCCCAGGGACAGUGCUGCAGUGUCUGGAGGAUCGGAUGAAGCUGUUCCUCCCCCGAACCGCCCUCCCCCGGAUCAGAGAGAGUGACCUACAGCUCAUCGACCCCACCUGUGACAUCACAGGAAACUCCACCCACUUCCUGCUGGAUAUCCCUCUAAUAGGCUGCGGGACCAGGAUCCAGGAAGAGGACUCGUACCUGGUGCUGGUGAACGUGGUGUCGAGCCGUGUGUCGAGCCAGGCUCCGGGCGCUGUGAUCACGCGCAUCCCCUCCCUGCGCUUCCCGCUGGCCUGUCGCUUCAAAGCGGGGGGUCAGGUGACCGGGGAGGUGUCUGUACCCCAGGGGCCCAAGGACGAAGCCUUCGGAAAAUUCACCUUUGACAUCAAGUUUCGCAGGGAGCUGCCGGCCGCGUUGGGUGCGGGACGGAUAGGGGACAUGGGCAAGAUGGACACGCCCUUCGAUCUGGACCCCAGCAAGCCGCUCUACCUGCAAGUGAACGCCAGCUGUAACAUCACCGGAGUGGAGCUUGUGGUGCAGUCCUGCUGGAUCUCCAAGACCAAUGACAACACAAGGAGUGAUGACAGUGCCUUCAUAGAUCAGGGGUGUAUGGCCGGUGGGGGUAAGGUUCAGAUCGUGAUGGAUGAGCUCAAUGAGAAGAUCUACCAGAUCAACCUGACCUCCCUCAUCCCGGCUCGCAUCAUCCCUGAGGUGUAUAUGCACUGCUCUGUGAAGCUGUGUAUGAUGAUGACCAGUAAGACUCGCUGUCCCUCUCUCUGCCCCUCCCGCUCCUCCCUCCCUACUUCCGCUCAUACCUCUGCAGCCAGUCCCUGGAGUCAAGUCUGUUCACAGUCAGCGCCGGUCCGAUCCGGCUCGGCGUCAACUCCACCAUCUCCGACUCUCUACAUCCAUUAUCGGCCCAAUUCAUCAGUUGAGGUCAGUCCAGCGACCAGGUCUUCCGCGGGAGUGUCAACUUUUCCGAACCGUGUUGGCAUUGCCGUGGGGGUGGUUCUGGGGGCCGCAGUGCUCCUGAUCGUCGGUUGGCUGCUGAUUAAAACAUUCCUCGGGAUUCGGAACAAACACAAGCUCAGGCACUACCGCCUCCAGGAGUGA